AUGAGUGUCUGGGAACAAUUGCGAUUAUUAAUCACUAACCAAGAUCUCACUACUCAAACAUCUGCAAUUGCUAUUACUCAAAGAACUAUUCCAAGAUCCGAAUACAUUCCGGACUUUUUGUUACGUUAUUGGUAUACUAAAACUCCACAACAACAACGAUCACUACUUCUACAGCUUGUAUUAUUAUUUUCGAUAUCUUUUUAUAUCGUUUCUCCAUCAUUGCCAUUAUCCAGAAAUAAAGACAAAAUGUUCACCAAACGUCCUGAUAAACAUACAACAGGGUUAAUCAACUUGAGAAAUGAUUGUUUUGCGAAUUCAUCACUUCAAGCAUAUUCGUCAUUGCCAGCAUGGACCGAAUAUUUAAAUGAAUUCAUUCAUAAUUUUAAGAAAUUAAAGAAAUUCAUGAAUGAUCGGAAUAUUGAUAUAAAUGAAAUAAUUAAAUUACGAUUAGAAAGAAAUCCAAGUUUAAAACAUUCAAAAUUCAAAUUGGCAAAUUCUAAGUUUGAUAUUCCUUUACAUUUUGCCAUGGCACAAAUUAUAAAAAAAUUACAAGAGACUCAAUUAUCUUCUAGAACAAUUAGUGUUUGGACAUUCUUACAUGAAUUAGAAGGGAUCUUCAAUGCCAAGAUCUCACGUUCACAACAUGAUGCCCAUGAAUUGACUCAAUUGAUAAAUGAAACAUUAGACAAUGAAAAUUUGCUUAUUAAAAGUUUCCAUGAAUUUAUUAGUUCAAAUUUACAAACAGUUAUGAAAACCACUCCCACGCCUCAAGAUUAUGCCGAACUUGUCAGUUGUCAAAUCCCCGAUUUCCCAUUCGAUGGAUUAAUCUUGAAUCAAAUGACAUGUUUCUCAUGUAAAGGUGUUUCAAAACCAAAUUUCACUCCAUUUUCUAUGCUUACUUUGAAUCCUCCACAAGCACCCGUAGUACAGUUGGAUACAUUGUUAGGUGAGAGUGAAAGUGAUAGCAUUGAAGGAUACCAAUGUCUCAAAUGUCGUGUGAAUAGAAUAGUGGCUAAUGAACAAACCAUAAAGAGAAGAAUCACCGAUCCAGAUGAAAUCAAAUACAUUAAAGAGAUAAAUCGUUUAUGUAACGAUCCGACAUUUUGUAUUAAUGAAGACUUGCCUGAAGAUUUGGAAGCUUAUAUAAAGAAUUAUAAUAUAAAUGGAGUGAAGAUUUCAUUAGUUACUUCCACAGUGUAUAGAAAAUCACAAAUUUUGAAACCACCCAAAAUCUUUGGAAUUCACCUUUCACGGUCAGCAUUUGACGGUCAAGAAAUUACGAGAAAUCAAUGUCUAAUUAAUUUUAAUGACUAUUUAACAUUGUCAAUUGGGGAAGAAUAUACUGACACCUUAAAACAGUUUCAAAGCAGCAUUCCUAAGAAAGAAGUACAGCUCCCUGAAGAUAUAAAGUCGCCUAUUCUUACUACUGAUGUCAAUGAUAUGGAGGACGAAGCAGUACAGCGUGAAGAUAUAGAUGAAACGGCAAAAUAUGGAGAAGUAUGUGAUAUCCCAGAAUCAAAUGUUCCUAUGGCAAAGAAAAAGUCACAUCUCCUAUUAGCAGAAGAUUUAGAUCUGGAAUUCAGUGAUACAGCAUCACAAUCAGAUUUGGAAUCUAGCACCGAGUUCAUGACAAGUACUUCAAGUGUGUAUCAAAAUUUUGUCCAGCAUCCAUCACAAACAUCAUCACUUGCUUCCAUAACUGAAAAACAAAGUGAGGAUUUAAGGAAAAUAUUUGGACAGUUUAAGUUUAAUGAUGAUGAUGUUUAUAGUUAUCGAUUGAAGGCGCUUAUUAGACAUAUGGGGUCACAUACUCAAGGACACUAUGAAUGUUAUAAGAGGAAACCAUUAUACGUUAAAGAUAGACACGGAAAUAUAUUUAAAUUAUUCCCUGAAAUAAUAGAUGAUUCAAGCGAUGAGAAUAUAGCGGAACCUACACAUGAACCAAUUGAAAUACCAGCAUAUCUGAUAAAUGGAGAUAAUCCAGCCACCAAGAAACAUUCUAAUUUAUCUCGUUCUUCAUCGUCUGCAACUGCAAUGGAAAAUGCUAACACCACUUCAGAAGAUAGUUUCCGUAGUAAGCUUUCGAAUAUGAUUGCCCGGAGACCGUCUGUCUUUCAAGCUGAUCCUGAGAAUGUUGAAGAAAUUAUUCGAUCGGGAACUCAUUCACCUGCGGAAUUAUUAGUUGAGGAUCCAAUGCAACAAAUGAAUCAACAGCAAAUACUUUCAGAAGAAAUUAAACAGGCUCUUGACGAAAAACUUAAUAAAAAGACCAAAAUGAAGAAAAUUAAUUCCGUUGUGUCAAAUCCAUUCUGGAGAAUCAGUGAUGCAAAAAUUUCUGAAUGUUCAAAAGCUUAUGUUUUGGCUGAAGGUGCAAGUGUUUAUAUGUUAUUUUAUGAAAGAGUGGAUCGUAAACAAGUUAAGAAGCAUGCCCAUCAUCAUCAUCACUUACAUUGA